GCAGCGGGACCAGGGAGAAGCCGAGGCUGCGUGUGGAUGACCGCUGGAUCCGGACACGGAAUCGAACCCUCAGACUCGAACCCACGGUUUAAACAGCCCGUUUUGCCUCUUUCUGGAUCCCGGGAGUCUCGCCGCCUGCAGACAUGAGUCGGAAGGAUUACGCCACAGAGAAAGACAAAUGCAAGAGGUUCCUGCAGGAGUUCUACACCGAGGAUGACAACGGGAAGAAGGUGUUCAAAUAUGGAGCCCAGCUUGUGGCGCUGGCCCACCGGGAGCAGGUGUCUAUUUUUGUGGAUCUUGACGAUGUGGCGGAGGAAGACCCCGAGCUGGUGGAGAGCGUCUGUGAGAAUGCCAAGCGCUACACUGCCCUGUUCGCCGAUGCAGUCCACGAGCUGCUGCCAGAGUACAAAGAGAGAGAUAUUGUGGCCAAAGAUUCCCUGGACGUGUACAUUGAGCACAGGCUGAUGAUGGAACAGAGGGGUCGCGACCCCACGGACACCAGAGACCCACGGAACCAGUACCCACCUGAACUCAUGAGGAGAUUCGAGCUGUACUUUAAGUCUCCCACUACAUCCAAACCUAAAGUGGUGCGUGAUGUCCGAGCCGACAGCAUCGGACACCUCGUGCCGGUCCGAGGAAUCGUCACCCGUGCCACCGAGGUCAAACCCAUGAUGGCAGUAGCUACAUACACAUGUGACCAAUGUGGUGCCGAGACCUAUCAACCAAUCCAGUCUCCCUCCUUCAUGCCCCUCAUCAUGUGUCCGAGUCAAGAGUGUGUCACCAACAAGUCGGGGGGGCGUCUCUACCUGCAGACCAGAGGCUCCAAGUUCGUGAAGUUCCAGGAGAUUCGUAUUCAGGAACAGAGCGAUCAAGUGCCUGUUGGAAAUAUUCCAAGGAGCAUGUCUGUGUACGCCCGAGGAGAGAACACCCGUCUCGCUCAGCCAGGCGACCACGUGGCCAUCACAGGCGUCUUCCUUCCUCUGCUGCGCUCGGGUUUCAUGCAAGCAGCGCAGGGUCUUCUGUCAGAGACGUACAUGGAGGCCCACAGCAUCAUCCUCAUGAACAAGACGGAGGACGAUGCGCUCGGUAACGAGGAGCUGAAUGAAGAGGAGCUGCGCGGCAUCACAGAUGAAGGAUUUUAUGAGAAACUGGCUGGUUCGAUAGCUCCAGAGAUCUACGGACAUGAAGACGUGAAGAAGGCUCUGCUGCUGCUGCUGGUCGGGGGGGUGGAGCAGGCUCCCAAAGGCAUGAAGAUCAGAGGCAGCAUCAACAUCUGCCUGAUGGGCGACCCCGGAGUGGCCAAGUCCCAGCUGCUGUGCUACAUCGACCGUCUGGCUCCUCGAAGUCAGUACACAACGGGUCGCGGUUCAUCUGGUGUCGGUCUGACUGCAGCUGUGAUGCGUGACCCGGUUACUGGGGAAAUGACCCUGGAGGGCGGAGCCUUGGUGCUCGCCGACCUGGGCGUCUGCUGCAUUGACGAGUUUGACAAGAUGGCCGACGCUGACCGCACAGCCAUCCACGAGGUGAUGGAGCAGCAGACCAUUUCUAUUGCAAAGGCCGGCAUCAUGACCUCCCUCAACGCCCGCUGCUCCAUCCUAGCCGCAGCUAACCCCGCCUACGGCCGCUACAACCCCAAGAAGAGCAUCGAGGCGAACAUCCAGCUGCCGGCCGCGCUGCUCUCCAGGUUCGACCUCCUCUGGCUGAUCCAGGACAAGCCGGACGCCGAGGCCGACCUGCGUCUGGCCCAGCACAUCACCUACGUCCACCAGCACUGCCGCCAGCCGCCCACUCACUUCACCCCCAUCGACAUGAAGCUGAUGAGACGUUACAUCGGUGUGUGUAAGAAGCGGCAGCCAGUGGUGCCCGAAGCUUUGGCUGAUUACAUCACUGCUGCUUAUGUGGAGAUGAGGAAAGAGGCGCGAGUGAGCAAGGACACCACCUUCACCUCCGCCCGAACCCUCCUCUCCAUCCUCCGUAUAGCCACUGCUCUGGCUCGUCUUCGUAUGAUGGACACUGUGGAAAAGGAGGACGUCAACGAGGCAAUGAGACUGAUGGAGAUGUCAAAGGACUCGCUACAAGCGGACAAGUCCAGCACCACAAGGGCCCAGAGACCGGCUGAUGUCAUCUUCUCUCUGGUUCGUGAGCUCGCCACCGAGGGCGUGGUCGGCCGCGGCGGAGCAGGCGGCGUGGUCCGCAUGGCCGAGGCCGAGCAGCGCUGUGUGACUCGUGGCUUCACCCCCGACCAGUUCCAGGAGGCCCUGGAGGAGUACGAGGAGCUGAACGUGUGGCAGCUCAACCAGGCUCGCAGUCGAAUCACCUUCGUCUGAGGAACCCGGGACACGUCUCCAGCCACCCGAGGGGAAAACUCUUUGUUUUCCACAGACUUCUAUUGAGGCUCUUUUUUUCCUCCUUCAGCAUUUUCUAAAACAAGUUGAGCAGAACCUGGAUGAUUUUAAGCUCGACUAUUUUUGCAAGAAUUCUGCUGUUGGAGAUUCAGUGUUUUAAGAAUCCUGUUCACCAUUAAAACACGUGUAAAUAUGUGUCAGAACUUGUUAUUGUAUGAUCUGCAGUUUAGAGUUUAAAGCUUCAGCUGAAGUGGAUUAUUUCUGUACAUUUUAAAAUUAAAAACCGGGCAAGAGAAAGAACAGUUGAGCCUUGUAUUGUGACUCCCUUUAAAAUAAACUGAUGGGUCAAUAAUA